GGAUCAUUUCAAUCAUAGUUUUGGAGACUGAGAGAUCUUGAAUUCAAUUUAGAGGAUGGCAUUUACAGUGUUAUCUUUAGUGUUCCUCUUCUGUGGCUUGACUUUGGCCAAUGAUGCCAUGGAGGAAAGGCUGAAAUCUAUUGAAGCCACACUGAGGGACACUGAAACCAGACUGAGGCAGAGUGAAAACCAGAUCCUGGAGCUGAGAAGCAAAGAGGGAACCAAGGUGAUCUUCAGUGCAGGAGCAGGUGGCACUGGACACAUCGGACCAUUUAAGACAGCGACGACUAUGAUCUACAAAGCAGUGCUAACAAACAUCGGUGGUGCCUACAGUGAAUCUACAGGUAUCUUCACUGCACCAGUUGCAGGUGUUUAUUACUUUACCUUCUUCUAUCAUGCUGGAGGAGGGCACAGAGUACAACUGCUCUUGUACAAGAACAAUGAGAAUAUUGCUCGGGUCGAUGAGCACCAGUCAAACACUGAUACUGCUGAUAAUGGAGGAAACGCAGUGUUCCUGCAGCUGCAGCAAGGUGAUCAGGUGUAUGUCAGCUUAAAUGCAAACUGUCAUGUUUGGGGAGGCAGCAACGUUUCAACUUUCAGUGGUUUUCUGGUCAGUCAAAUAUUUGAAUGAAAAACAAGGCAAUCACACAUAAUGUGAAUCCAGAGAAAUAACUCACUUGAUAAUCAGUGCAAAGAGUCCUCUUUGAUUUACAUCAUUGUGUCAUGAAGCUGACAGUUUUAUCACAUAAAUAGAUUUAAAAAGUGUAGAAAUGUUGAUGUUAAAUUGAGGUUUUGAAGCUGCUUCAUAUCAAUAAAAAAAACAACAAUUAAAUGUG